AUGGCCAUUGGGCCGACCAACCCCGAUCUCGCGCCGUUUGGCGCUGACAAGACCGAGCGUCACGGUCGCGAGGCCCAGUCGCUGGCCAAGUUGGUCGUUGAGCAGCUGGCGUCGGCCGGCACGAUCCCGGCUACCAACGACGAGGAGCUGAACAUUGUGUCGUGGUUGAGCUACGGCCCCAUGGACUUGCGCACGACCAAGGAGAACCUGCAGGCCGGAUUCAUCCAAGAUCUAUACGCGCUGUCAACCUAG